UGGAGAUUGUUAAUGCCAUUGCUCCCUCUUUUGCACUCUCUCUCUCCCUCUCUCCCUCUCUCCCUCUCUCCCUCUUCAAACACACACAUAGAUAUCAUCAUCAUUGUCUCACACACAGCCAUGUGUAGAAUUAGUAAUUGUUCGCUUCAUUUUUCAUUCAUCACCCAAAAAUAUUCCUUCUACGUAGAAUCUCAACUACGGGUUAUAACAACACAAUUACAUUAAAAACAGCAAAAAAUUAAAAAACACACAUUCACUAAGCAACAAACACCUUCCUUCUCUGUUCUCUCUCUCUUACACGCAAAACACACACAUAUAUUCAUUAUUUUAAUCUUGUUUUCUUCAAGCUCUCACUCCAACAACAUAAGCAGCAACAACAACAACCCUUCCUCGUCACAGCACCAUUCUCUAAACUCCUUUUGUUGUUCUCAGAAGAAACUGAACCCUAUCAUGGAUCUUGAGUCAGUGAUCCACAAGAACCCAAUUAAGGUGGAAUCAUGGAAGACAGUGCUGACUUUGGCAUAUCAGAGUUUGGGGGUUGUUUAUGGAGACUUGAGUACUUCUCCACUUUAUGUUUACAAAAGCACUUUUGCUGAGGAUAUUCAGCAUUCAGAGACCAAUGAAGAAAUCUAUGGUGUCUUGUCUUUUGUGUUUUGGACACUCACACUGAUUCCACUGCUCAAGUAUGUGUUCAUUGUGCUGAGAGCUGAUGACAAUGGUGAAGGAGGAACCUUUGCUCUAUAUUCCUUGUUGUGCCGCCAUGCCCGUGUUAGCUUGUUGCCUAACACUCAGCUUGCAGAUGAGGACUUAAUUGAGUACACUAUAGAUAAUGGAACUGUUCCCAUCAAUAAGAAGAAUGUUGGAUCAGGCUUGAAGUCCUUGUUGGAGAAGCACAGGGUGCUGCAAAGGGUGCUUCUUGUUCUGGCUUUGAUAGGAACUUGCAUGGUUAUUGGGGAUGGUGUGCUCACACCAGCAAUUUCUGUUUUUUCUGCUGUGUCAGGUUUGGAGCUUUCCAUGUCUAAAGAGCAGCACAAAUAUGUUGAGGUUCCAGUUGCUUGUAUAAUACUGGUGUUUUUGUUUGCUCUUCAACAUUAUGGAACUCACCGUAUGGGAUGUCUUUUUGCACCUGUUGUGUUGACCUGGCUCCUAUGCAUCAGUGCUAUUGGUGUUUAUAAUAUCUUCCAUUGGAAUCCACAUGUUUAUCAAGCUCUCUCCCCAUAUUACAUGUUCAAAUUUCUGAGGAAGACCCAAAAGGGAGGGUGGAUGUCCUUGGGUGGGAUUCUACUGUGUAUAACAGGUUCAGAAGCCAUGUAUGCUGAUUUAGGACACUUUUCACAAUUGUCAAUUAAGAUUGCUUUCACCUUUUUGGUAUAUCCUUCUUUAAUCCUAGCAUAUAUGGGACAAGCUGCAUAUCUUUCAAGACAUCAUACCCUUGAAAGUGACUAUAGAAUUGGGUUCUAUGUAUCUGUACCUGUAAAACUUAGAUGGCCUGUUCUUGCAAUUGCCAUACUUCAAGCUGUGGUUGGAAGUCAAGCAGUCAUCACAGGCACUUUCUCAAUAAUCAAGCAAUGUUCUGCUUUGGGAUGCUUCCCUAAAGUCAAAAUAAUCCAUACAUCAUCCAAGAUACAUGGCCAGAUUUACAUUCCUGAGAUCAAUUGGAGUUUGAUGCUACUUUGCCUGGCUAUUACAGUUGGAUUUAGAGACACUAAACGCAUGGGAAAUGCAGCAGGCUUGGCUGUCAUAACUGUCAUGCUGGUGACCACUUGCUUAAUGUCUCUAGUUAUAGUCUUAUGCUGGCACAAAAGCAUUUUGCUAGCAGUUUGCUUCAUACUGUUCUUUGGCUCAAUUGAAGCACUCUAUUUCUCUGCAUCCCUUAUCAAGUUCCUUGAGGGGGCUUGGGUCCCUAUUGCCCUCUCCCUCAUCUUUCUAGUUUCCAUGUAUGUUUGGCACUAUGGCACACUAAAGAAGUAUGAGUUUGAUGUUCAAAACAAGGUCCCUAUCAACUGGCUCCUCAGUUUGGGACCUACUUUAGGAAUUGUAAGGGUUAAGGGAAUUGGCCUAAUACACACUGAGCUGGUAUCUGGGAUCCCAGCCAUUUUCUCUCACUUUGUUACCAACCUCCCUGCCUUCCAUCAAGUUGUGAUCUUCCUAUGCAUCAAAUCUGUGCCAGUACCACAUGUAAGACCUCAAGAAAGGUUCUUAGUGGGAAGAGUUGGGCCAAAGGAGUAUAGGCUUUAUAGGUGCAUAGCAAGGUAUGGAUACCGUGAUGUUCACAAGGAUGACAUGGAAUUUGAGAAGGACCUUAUUUGUAGCAUAGCUGAAUUCAUCAGAUCCGACACCUCUGAAUAUGGCUUAGGACUUGGUAGUUUUGAAGAAGACACAAAGAUGACAGUUGUCGGAACUUCAGCAUCAAACUUAGAAGGUGUAAGGAUGUCUGAAGAUGAUCAAGAACAUUCUCAAAUGGAAGGCCCUUCAGAGUUGAUGGAGGUUAAGUCUCCUGAAAAAGUGAGAAAGAGAGUGAGGUUUGUUGUUCCAGAUAGUCCACAGAUUGACAUGGAUGCAAGAGAAGAGUUGCUUGAGCUAAUGGAAGCAAAGGAGGCAGGAAUGGCAUUUAUAUUGAGUCACUCAUAUGUUAGAGCUAAAAGUGGAUCAAGUUGGAUAAAGAAAGUUGUUAUCAAUUAUGGAUAUGAUUUCUUAAGGAGAAACUCUAGAGGACCAACAUAUGCCUUAAGUAUACCUCAUGCAUCUACCCUAGAGGUUGGCAUGAUCUACCAUGUAUGAAUGAAUUUUGGCUUGUAGUGUAUCUAGUUUAGUUUUGUAACUAGUGACCUUCUCUGGUUGGUCAAGUCAACCUUACACAUGAUAAAUGGUGGCAUUCUGUACAGUGACCCUCCAAGCUUCUUGACAACUAAAGUGCUGCCAACAUGUUGUUUUCACAUCUUGUUUUGUAAUUUUCUUAGUACAUAAAUAAGUUGUCUGUAGGGACCCUCAAUAUGUAAGCACUUUCUUAUCCUUAUGUGUCCUAGCAUGAACCUGGGAUGCAGGUAAAGUUUAAGAUUUCAACAGAUACUGUAAUGAGUCUUUUGAAUGAAAAGGGUUGGUAUAGCAGUGGCAAGAUCAAGCACUG